CACUUCUCCUUGCUCUGCUCUCCGGUCUGACCGCCUUUAAGCUACGUUCGCCUCACGAAGAUGGCCGUCGGCGACCCCGAGGCGUUUACCGUGUACGGAUGGAUAGUCUGCGUGUGGGUUCUCAUCGUCUCCUUCCAGUAUGGAUUCCACAUAUCCAGUCUCAACCAAAUUUCCGGAGUCCUCACUUGUCGCAAGACUGAGCCUGACCUGCCGUCCACGUACUACGGCCUUCCCACAUGCAUAGCCAUGGACGACGCCACUUUCUCUGUCCUCACCUCCGUAUACACCGUCGGAGGUCUUCUAGGGAGUCUCGGCGCGAAUGUCGUCAUGGACCGUUGGGGACGCAAGGGCGCAUGUCUCGCUAGCGCCUUCGUUAUGGCCGUCGGAGCAGGCUUCAUGGCCGUUUCAGCCACGCUACCGCCUCUGAUCAUCGGCAGACUUCUCACUGGUGUUGCUGCGGGGUUGGGCCUGUGCGUCGGGCCUAUCUACAUUUCCGAAAUUGCCCCCACCAAGAUCAAGGGAGCCGUCGGCGUGCUCACCCAGUUUGCCAUCGUUGUCGGCAUCAUGAUCACCCAGGCAAUGGGCCUGCAGCUUGCGACGCCCCGCACUUGGAGACUGGUCUUGCUGUUCUCGUCCGCGCUGUCCCUCGCACAGCUUCUCGCUGGACCUAUGAUCGUCGAGUCUCCUGCUUGGUUGAAUAGGCAUGGCUUGCUCCGUGAUAAAGCCGCUAGCGCACGUAGGUUGUGGAAGAGCGGACACGCGAUUCAUAGCCCGGAUGUCUCGAACGAGGACGCGGAAGACCCGCUUCUCGGUGCUGACGAGGAGAGCACCUCGCUAAACCCUGCCCGUCGCGCGGACGAACACGAGGCAGCAGUGAAUGUGCCCCAGGUUCUUUUGCGGAGGGAGUUCCGGAAACCGCUGGCCAUAGUAUGUUUCUCCAUGCUCUGCCAACAACUGUCAGGUGUCAACGCGGUGCUAUAUUACAGCAACAACAUCCUCUCCAAGGCCCUCCCCGAUGUUGGGCCAUACGUCUCGCUCGGGAUUACAAUUGUGAACUUCUUCAUGACGGCCGCACCGAUAUUCCUCAUCGACCGUCUGGGCCGCAAGAAGCUUCUGUCGCUCUCGGCAACCGGAGCCAUCGUGUCGUUGGUAGUAGUCGGCUUUGGCCUGGACAGCGGCGCAGUUCUGCUCGCCAGCACCGCCAUCAUCACCUUUGUUGCGUCGUUCGCUAUCGGUAUUGGCCCUGUGCCAUUCGUGAUGAUACCAGAGGUGUCGCCUCACCAGGCUGUCUCCGCGCUCUCCUCUGUUGGCCUCUCGCUCAACUGGAUUGCGAACUUCCUCGUCGGACUGGUCUUCCUGCCCCUGCGCGACUUCCUCUCGAACGGGGACGUGGAGAAGGAGGGCCGGGUCUUCUACGUGUUCGCAGCGCUGCUGUCGUUCUUCACGUUCAUGCUCUUCGGGCUGUACAGGGGCUAGAAGUCAUCGGUAAAGCUGGGACCUUCUUAGGAUAUACUCUGCGAGUAAUCAGGACUGCUGUUGUACAUCUCGCUUUGCUGUCGCAUUAUCCCCGCUGUAUAAUAUUGGACUAGAUGUUGUCUG